AAAACAUUACGAAGAACCAGUUGGUUAUAGGAGCUCGAAGCGAACGCGCGUAUCCUUACAACAUUCAACACUUUCAAGAAAUCAAAGCAUUUAUUAUCAAAGUAUUUUUCGAAGAACAUUUUAUAAAGUACAGUCGUCGAGAAAAGCGAAAAAAUGUUUACAACAAAGAGAUGCAUGAAGCUCAUGCAGGCGUACAGAAAUGAGCUACGCCGGCAGAUUAGCAAGACCACAAGUGUUACGAAUUCCGAUUCUAUGUCACCGAGGCUGGACCAAUCGAACACGAAAUUACCAGAAGAAGCAGCAAUGCCGAAGAAACUGCUGAAGUUGCAGAAAUAUCACAGAUUCCUGUCGACCCUCACGCCCCAGGAAAUGCCCCUGGCUGCCCGUGGACUGUCAGUCUCCAAAGAUCAGUCCAGGGAGUUCAUGGCCUGCUUCCCGGACAUCGUGAGGGACCUCACGGAAACUGGCAAGCACCUGGACGUGCCAGAAGCCAGCAAAUGGUUGGCCAAGAUGUUGCAAUACAACGUGCCAAACGGAAAGAAGAAUAGGGGCCUUGCCACUGUCCUCGCUUACAAAAUGCUGGAGAAACCACAGAACCUGACGCCGGAGAGCGUGCACUUGGCCAACGUGAUGGGGUGGUGUGUUGAAAUGUUCCACGCCCACCAGCUCAUCAUCCGUGACCUAAUGGACGACCGCGAGAUGCGGCGCGGGGUGCCCUGCUGGCAUCGCCAUUCGGACGUCGGAUUAACGGGCAUCAACGAUGGCGCCUGGAUCCUCUCAGCACUGUUCUCAACCCUCAAGAAGAACUUCGCACACCAGCCGUAUUAUAAACACGCGGUUGAGAUGUUCAAUGAGAUGCUGCUAAAGUGCUCCACUGGUCAUUACCUGGAGAAGCUGAUGAAGAAAGCCGACAAGCCUGAUCUCUCGCAAUUCACGAUGGAUAAAUAUGAGGCCAUCACCAAGUACAAGACCUCCUACUACACCUUCCAAAUGCCCGUCAGCCUGGCGCUGCUGAUGACUGGUGUGGACGACCCAGAGACACACAGACAAGCGAAGACCAUACUGCUCGAGAUGGGAGAGUUUUACCAGAUACAGGACGAUUUCCUCGAUUGCUUCGGAGAACCAGCUGUCAUAGGCAAAAUCGGCACAGACAUCCAAGACGGCAAAUGUACUUGGCUGGCUGUGGUCGCUCUGCAGAGGGCGUCUAAAGCUCAGAAGCAGCUUAUGGAAGACUGCUACGGCUCAAAUUCUGAAGACGCUGAGAAAAUCAAGCUGCUAUACGAAGAGUUACAACUGCCCCACACAUACUCCGUAUAUGAGGACGCUACGUACGAUUUACUUAGGACGCAAAUACAACAAGUCACUAGGGGCCUACCACACGACUUCAGGACGCCGCAACAUUUCAAGAUGUCGACGAGCGCGUCCAUCGAGCAGCAGCGCGACAAGACGCACAAGAGCAGUUUCGAGGAGUUGUUCCCCACCAUCCUGGACACCGUCACCAAGCGGUCUAAGAUCGCCGAGGUGCCGGAGGCCUCCGACUGGAUCAGGAAGGUGUUAGAAUAUAACUUGUUGGGUGGCAAGCUAGCUAGAGGUAUCACCACAAGCAUCGCCUACGAGACCCUGGCCGGAGACAACUUUACAGAGGAGAACUUGAAAAUCAGCAGGGUGCUGGGAUGGUGUAUCGAAAUGCUCCACGCAUACUUCCUCAUCAUGGACGACAUAAUGGACGGAUCCAGCAAGCGGCGCGGGCUGCCCUGCUGGUAUACUCUGCCCCAUGUUGGAGUGACAGCUAUCAAUGACUCCAUAAUGGUCCAAGCGUGCAUCUUCGAGACGAUGAAGAUGUACGCUUCACAUCUACCCCUGUACUCUCAGAUGGUGGAUUUGAUGAAUGAGUCUCUAUUGUACACGACAAUGGGACAACAUUUAGACAUAACCAUGGCGCAUCGCAACGUCAAAGACUACAGUCUGUACACUAUGGACCGAUACAGUAGUAUCAUAAAAUACAAAACGUCCUACUACACUUACAAACUGCCUGUAUGUUUGGGCUUGUAUGUUGCGGGCAUAUCGGACCCAAAUGUGCAUAGACAGGCUGAAGAAAUCUGCCUGCAGAUCGGACAUCUGUUUCAGAUGCAGGACGACUACAUUGACUGCUACGGCGCUGAGCACGCGGGCAAAGACGGCACAGACAUACAGGAGCGCAAAUGUUCUUGGCUGGCCGUCACAGCUCUAAGCAAAUGCAACGCCAAACAAAGAGUAGUCUUCGAAUCUUGCUACGGAAGUUCAGAACCGGCUCACAUAGAGCGUAUUAAAAGAUUGUAUGAAGAACUAGAGUUGCCAGCAGCGUAUAAACAGGAGGAAAAACAGAGGUACGAUGAGGUGAUAAGAAGUGUACAGAAGUUGGAUCCCAGUGUGCUGUCCCCAGAUUUGUUUAUUAAACUCCUCAAUAUGACAUACAAACGGAAGGUAUGAUUUUGUGGGUAGAUAUGUAGUUGUAUAGAUAUAGUUAUACUGUUUGUGUGAAUGUAGCACAAAAGACUUAGGGCCUGUUUCAAACAACAAAACAACUGUUGACAAAGUCUCCAUAAUCUGCCUAAGAAUAAGUUGUGGAUAACCUAUCCGGCACUUA